GAACUUUAUCAGAAUUAUCUUUAUCAGAAGAAAAUUAUCAGAGUUAUACCGAAGAUUCUAUACAGAAGAUUUAAGCGAUGAGGAUAAUAAAGUACUUUUUUUUUUUUCUACGUUGUUUGCUCGGGCCUUUAUUCAAAUUGCUAAGUUUGAAGAAAAGACUACGAUGUCCACCGAUCGAAAAUCAAAUUUUGCUACUGUCGGCGACAGAAAUUGCCCAGAAAAUCCGUAAAAAAGAAAUCAGCUCCGAGGAAGUGAUCGUCACAUAUGUGGAGCGAUGCAAGAUAGUAAAUCCAUUGAUCAAUGCUAUUGUAGAAGAUCGUUUCGAUGCGGCAAUUCGAGAGGCACGUGAAAUCGAUAAUUUCCUACAAUCAACGAUAAUAGACGAGGCGAAAAUUGCGAACGAAAAACCGUUACUCGGGCUACCUGUCACAAUUAAAGAAAGUAUUGCUGUUCAAGGAAUGAGUUAUUCUGUGGGAAUGAAAGAUAUUUCCUUGAGAGCGAUAGAAGACGCCGACGUUGUGACGAGGAUUCGCAAAGCCGGUGGGAUUCCUCUUCUUGUCAGUAACACUCCAGAAUUGUGUAUGUGGUGGCAUACAUUUAACAAAAUAACUGGCAUCACCAGGAAUCCCUAUGAUACACGGAGGACCGCUGGUGGCUCUUCCGGUGGCGAGGCUGCUCUUCUUGGCUCUGGCGCUUCGAUUCUAGGUCUGGGUUCAGACAUCGGUGGAUCCGUUAGGCUCCCGGCAAUGUUUUGCGGCGUUUUUGGCCAUAAACCCACACCAAACUGGAUAUCAGUAGAAGGUCACAAACCUAGCGCAAAUGAUAAAAAUUGGUCUACAUUUUUCUCAAUCGGUUCAAUGGUUAGAUACGCUACAGAUCUGCCUCUGUUAUUAACAGUGAUGUCACAAUCGGAUGAAGCCAGGAUUACUUUUAAUAAAAAGGCAAAUUUUAAAGAUAUGAAACGAUCUUUUGAAAUAAGCACGAUUAUUCUUCUCAGUAUCAAAGACAUAUAUUCAAUAUUUAAUCGUUGGGAUAAUCCUAAGAAAUCGAAGAGCAUGUUUAUGGAAAUACUAAGAUAUAUUUUCUUCAUGUCGCCGCAUACGUUUCCUGCUAUUCUUUUCGGACUAUUCAAGAAUAUUGUCGAAAGUUUCCCAGUCAGCAUUUAUAACGAAAUGAUAGAACUAAGGACGCAAUUGAGAAAACAAUUUGAGGAGCUGCUGAGUAAUGAUGGUGUAUUAAUUUGUCCAUCUUUUAUCUCAUCGGCGUACUAUCCUCACGAGUGUUUAUACAACAUACCUAAUAACACAUUUAUGAUGAUUUUCAACGUGCUGGGAUUUCCGGUCACGCAGUGCCCUCUUGGCUUCGAUAAAAACCAACUGCCGAUUGGACUUCAGAUUGUUGCGAAUCCUGGCUGUGACCAUUUGACGAUUGCUGUUGCGCAAGAAAUAGAAAGAAAAUUUGGCGGUUGGCAAGAACCACAGAAUAGAGGAGUCAUCUGAGAAGCGUAGUAUAAUUUA